AAUUAAAAUAAGUUGUACCAGUUGAGGAAAGAUUCAAAAUGUUUCUUCUUGCUUGUUUUAAUGUGAUCAUUGAUGUAAAGAUGUUUCUUCAAAUAGUUAAGUUACAUUUGAACUCUUGUACUUGAUACCAUCUGGUCAUCGUAAAGAUUUUAACAGGUAGGAGAGAGGAAUGCAAAGUGGGAGGGAGGAAAAUUUUUUUCUUUCUCCAGAAAAAGAAAAAUAAAUAGCUACCAAAAUCUUGAUGAUGGGAAUCUCCCAUAUUAUUAGGGAAGUAUUUUCCUUUUAUAGUUAAUAUUUUCUAGUCUCUUGUAUGCAUAAUUACCUGAAAAAGUAUUUUUCUUCAUUAGGCUGAAUUUUUUAGACUCUUGUUAGAUCAGGAAGCAUGAACAGCAUAGGCAUGCAUUGUCUCCCGACGAAUCAUGAAGCUUGUUGAAAAAGUGCACGAGUUAAACUACAGAAGGUUCCUUUCCUAUUCCCACUCCCAUAUACCAAAUCAUGAUGGGGGAUGAUAGUUUAGUCUCUGCCCCUUUUCACUUUGCUGCUUUACUGAUAAAGCUUACCAAAUAAGCCUCCACUUUCUAAAGCCAUUGGAGUCCAGAAGUGCAAUUGAUGACAAGAAAUAGGUGAAGGAAAUGAAGGGAAGGCUGAUGAAGAAGAUGAAACUCUUUCCUUCCAUUAGCUCAAUAAAACAAGGUCUCUCUCUUCUGUCAGACCCCACUGAAAACACUUGUAGCCAAAUGUGUGAAACCCCACCAGUUUUUCAAGAACAAAUUGCCAAGAGCAGCAAUUUCAGGGUGUCCCUGCCAGUAGUAGAAUGUAGCUUCAUAUCCCAACAUGUUAAAGAUCUGGAAGAUGGAGGAUGUGAACUUGGAAUUAGUGUCAGCAACCGAAAUCAUCCCGAUCACUUUAUAAAGUCGGAAGAAACGUUGGCUGCCAAGCAUAAUUCAGAGCCUCCAUGCCUAUCAGAAAUCAAUGCUAUGGAACCAAAUGGUGGGCUCCAAGUGGAAGUAGACAAUCAUCAAGAACAUCCAUCAUCUUUACUAGACUUUGAAGUGAGGUGCCCACCGGGAGGAAGCGAAUCCGUUGUAUUUUACUCAACGAGCUUGAGAGGCAUUAGGAAAACGUUCGAAGAAUGCAACAGUGUUCGGUUCCUGCUCGAAAGCUUCAAAGUGUUGUUCUUCGAGAGAGAUGUGUCGAUGCACUUGGAAUUCAGGGAGGAGCUGUGGGAAGUCUUGGGAGGCAGGGUGAUCCCACCUCGGCUUUUUAUUAAGGGAAGGUACAUCGGAGGAGCGGACAAGGUGGUAGGCUUGCAUGAGCAAGGAACGCUAAGGAAACUGCUCGAAGGCAUACCAUUAGACUUGGCAAAUUCACCAUGCUCUUGCUGUGCAAACACCAGGUUUCUGGUCUGCCCAAGCUGCAAUGGCAGUUGCAAGGUUCUGAAAUAUGACAAUAAUGACAACGCCGACGAUGACGUUUUGUAUAUUAGAUGUCCCGAUUGCAACGAAAAUGGGUUGGCCAAAUGCCCCAUUUGCUGCUGAAAACACUUAUAAUCUUCCCCAUGUAACAACACUGUCUUCUUCUAUGUAAGUCAACAUCUUCUUUAUUAGAAGUUUUUGUUCAUUAGUUAGCUUGUUAGGACUCAAUGGCCACGUCACAGUCGAAUUCUCAACCGCUGUGUAGUCUUUAUGUAGUUUUAGUAUCUCUUCUCCUAGUAGACUGCUUUUGAUUCCUGCAAGACAAUGAAAUCUAGCAAUCAAAGCUACAUUUUCUUGAA